AAUAUCAAGCCUCCAGUGAUUUUUGUGACCCAGAACUAGAAUCUGCCAUUUAUACAGCAAAGGGUUAAAGGUGAAGGUGGUAACUGCAUUUCCGGAUAUUCAAGUUUUUAAUACAGAGCAAAUGCCGGUGCGGUUCCACACCUUGUUUGGAAUAGGAGUUCGCGUGUUCUUUUACCCUGUUGAAUUUCAGAAUCAUUCCAUUGAUUUUUUCCAAAACUGGAUGAAUUUAACGCGGUAUUGGUGGAAGUUUCUCUCUGACUAUAGAGGGGUGCUGAACUGUGGUGUAUGUGGUUUUUCUGUGUGUUAACGUUGAAAGUGGGAGAAGUAGAGGAGCGAUUCUCUUCUCCCAUGUAGAAGAGAGCCCGCGGUUUUCUCAUCCAAAACUCGAACGUCAGUUAUAAGAACGCAGGCGCGGAACGCGCACGCGUUUUCUUCGGUCUUUACAUUCUGUUUACUUUGGUGUAAUUUUUAUCUUCACCUCCGGCUUAUCCCGCACAGAGUUUCCAAAGAUAAUAAAUUUUUUUCAAUUUUUUUUCGUUCGAAAAAAAAGGCAUAAAAGCUUCGGAUCUGUUAUCGAUAUCGAACUUGUUAGGGAACCCUUUCCCAUUGAGAAAAAAGUGAUCAAAAUGUUUACUGCAACGGUGCAGAUGAAAAUUUGUUUAGUUGCCGCGUGUCUGGCAGCCGUGCAUUCUUCGCCGGCCCGAAUAUUGAGCCUCGGCAACGAGUGCGGUAAGGACAGAGACUGCGAGACUGGAAUACCCAACAGCCAGUGCCACUUGGGAAAUUGUCGGUGUCGUCCAUUUUUUGCGGGAUUUAAUUCCACCGAGUGUUUGGAAUCGACACUAUUGGGAUAUGAUUGUCUCGUUAAAGAGCAAUGCUCGUUGAAAGUGGCGAACAGCAACUGUCUAGCCGGAGUCUGCAGAUGCGAGGAAGGCUACCUACAAUUUCGAAGACACACGUGUCUGGGACCCGCACGUCCCGGGGAGGUUUGCUACAGUCAUUCCCACUGUCAUUUGUGGGACAGCGAUACCCACUGCGAUUUUAUUAUUCCGGAUCUUUUCGGACGCUGUCAGUGCACCGCCCCUAUGCGACGUGACGGUGACGUUUGUAGACCAGAUUCGCUGGUCAGACCGUUACAAGUAGCUCUUCAGGCUAGUAACGACGUGCCAGAAGGCGAGGAGGAGGUAAUCGUCAUCGCUGAGGAGAACGCGACCCAGGAAUCCGACGAUAAUAACGAACAAGAUACAGGGGUCCAGGUAUCAUGGUUGAAGAAUAUAUCGAUUGCAUCUACAAGCGCGUCGACGCAGGUGGUACCUGUAGUAACAACGAUCGCAUCGUUCAAAUCCAACGUCUCAUCUGCCGUUCUGAGAACACCGGCGACGAACGAAUUCCCCGAGGAUAACGAAGCGGUCGUUAUUGAGGCGGAGACCACAACCCUGGAAUCUGGGAAAACGUCAUCGACCCCGACGACAGCGCCCGUCAAAACGGACAGACACGAGUCGGGAGGAACAAUGUCCGUGAGUUUGGGCUACCCCUGCACGGCGGACAUAGAAUGCCAAAUGUCCGAUUCUGGCUCUCGUUGUCUCGAGGGAAUUUGCGACUGCGCGAUUCGGGGUAACGGAAGUCUGGCCUGCGGAGCCCAGAGGACCGGAUGCGCCCCGGGGACCUUUCAAUGUCGAGGAACCGGGCAAUGUAUCAGUUGGUUUUUCGUAUGCGACGGCCGACCCGAUUGCGCCGAUGGUUCGGACGAGGAAUGCCUCUCCGAUCGUUGCCCAACGCAAUCGUUCCGGUGCUCGAGAAGCGGCGUUUGCAUAUCCAGAGCCGGAAUAUGCGACGGGAACUACGACUGUCCCGACGGCGAGGACGAGGACGGUUGCAACAGUCGAAGAAAAUGUCCGAAGGGCGCCUUCAGAUGCAACAACGGUCAGUGCCUUCCGGCGUACGAAUUCUGCAACGCGAUGGUCAUGUGCCGGGACGGAAGUGACGAACCACGAGGGGCUUGCAGAACCAGAAAUCGCGGAAGACUAGCGCCGAGACUUUGCCCUUUCCGAUGCGACAACGGACGUUGCAGAUCGGAUGCGAUCACCUGCAGCGGUCGCGACGGAUGCGGCGACGGAUCCGACGAGAAAAAUUGCGCCAUUUGCAAAUGCCCCGCGUUAUCGUAGUCGGACUCGAAGCGUAGCGAAUUUUUAUACGUCGACUACACCGCAUACCGAUAUAAAAUAUUUUAAGAGACGCAUACAUAAUUAGAUACGAAUGUAAAAGUAUUUUUUUUUUUUUGCGUAGCCAAAGAUUUUCAAGUGCGCGAAAUCAAAUAAUCAGCGGUUGUCUAUUUUCAAUAAUUCGGUACCUUUACGCUGUUUCUGACCCAAGUCGGAUCGCACACGGCGAUCAGGUCUGAAAAUAUUCUCAAUAGACGCGUUUGAUUAGAUAUCGAUCGUACAGGAGCCUUGACAGAAUUAUAAUUUCCUGUCGGGGAUUCUCUAGAUCAAUUAAAUACCUAUCAUUCAUAUUAUCUGCAUGUGACAUGAAUAUUAAUGCAUAAUAAUUCUUAGUAAAUGUGAAGUUUAUGAA